CGGGUAUUCGCCGUCAUCGGCCACUCUGCUGUCAGCAAACUUUUAAAAAUACAAUUAACCAGUUGCAACGUUGUGCAGGAGAAAGAAUGACAGUUGACGACGAGAGCUCGAUAUAUGUGGGAGGGCUUCCGUACAGCGCCACCGAAGAAACUCUCCGUCGAGUCUUCGAUGUUUACGGUGCUGUUGUAGACAUUAAGAUAAUCAAUGACCGUAAGGUUGGGGGGAAAUGUUAUGGCUUUGUCACCUUCACUAAUCCUCGGUCAGCCACGCAUGCCAUCAAUGAAAUGGAUGGGAGGACUAUUGAUGGGCGAGUUGUAAGAGUAAAUGAAGUGACUACAAGAGGUGGCAGAUCAGAUUUUGGUCGAGAAAGUAUUCAGCAUUCUGAGAGAGGGGUGAGAGGUGGUGAUACGGAUCGAGACUGGGAAAGAGGCUAUGAUCAUGAUGAUAACAGACGUAGGAAUGGGCAUAGAGAGCAUUCUCGAGACCGCGAUCACAAGAGGGAGAGAGGAUAUGACCGAAAUCGUGAUCGUGGUCGAUCACGAGAUUAUCAAGUCAAUAGAGAUCGGGUUGCCGAUGAUGAAAGACGUUUGGAGGAUGUUGAGCAGGAAGAUGAAAGGAUUCGAGAAAGUAGCUGGGAAAGAGAGAGGGACCAGCCUAUAAAGAUGCAGAAAACCAACAGUAACCAUAAAAGCAGAGAUAGAGAGAAGGAUCAAAUGCCUAAGCUACUGCCUAGGUCUAAUUUAGACGACCAUGCUAGUAGAGAGCUGUCAGCUGAGUCAAGUGAGAAUGAUCAGCACCAGAUGGAAAGGCAAACAGAAAUUUCAGGUCGGAAACUUGAAGAACUUAAGAAAAAGGCAUCUUUGAUGGAGGAAUUGGUCAACGAGAAGCAAAAUUUGGUGUCUAAGUUACAGGAAAGAUCCAAGGUUAUGAUAAGUUGCAGGGUUUUCCUAAAACUGGAGGAUUCAUUGACAGCUGCACAGAAGCUUACAUCACAGAGACAGAUGCAAUUAUCAAAGUUGUAUAAACAUUAUGCACAAGUAAGAGAGUGUGGUGAAAGGCUUAAAAUCUCAGAACAGGAACUACAGUGACGUGAUUGCUAAUUUUACUGCAAGAUGAUGUAGGACAUACUCUUUUUUAGUUAUGACCUAUGGUACAUGGAUCUGCUGUACAUAUCCAGUAUGGGCAUGGGCAUGUGGAAAUAUGCAAUACGGGUUCAUCAAGUUUCUUAUCUUUUGGUAAAUUUUGAAGAAUUAACACGAAGUACUUGCAUCUAUUUCACACCCGUUCAAUAAGGGUAUGUCAAGGCUAAUGAAGGAUCUGCACAACAUAAGAUAACGUGGCUGAAGAAUACUGAUGUGUACAUUGAAUCAGGGAAAGGAUUAUAGAUUCUUUUUAAAACUUAGUAUUCACUUGAGUUUGGUAUUAGUUACUUAACAGCGUUAGUGAUUCCAUUCAAUAAACCUCCUUGUCCAUUUA